AUGAGGAAGGACGAAGAGAGAGAGAGGGCUGGAAAUCAAAUCAAUUUGGUUACUAUGGUUGUAGUUGCGAGGGCGGCUUCAGGGGAAAUGAGCAAACAUGUGAAGUUUAGUCCUCCGGACGGUGACUUUGCUGAAGAAGGCGGCCAAAUGGCUCCGAUCGACCGGUUUGCGGCUCGAUUGGGAGGCAUAUACGCAUGUUUCCGAAUUGAGAAUCGCCUGGCGGUGCUGCUUCCAUGCUCUUUGUCCAAAUCUGGGUCCUCCCAAGUCCGGGAAGUGGGUCAGUUUUCCUGUUUCCAGAUUAAUAAUUAA